GUGGGAGGAGAGGCGAUGGGGACGGAGUGAAGUUCGCGGUUGCGAGGGAUGAAAGGAUGGACAGUCCACGGUCCCGUGACAUGUCGAUUAGUCACUCCAGCUGAGCCGCCAACAACAAUACCGCCUUCGGUUAGCGCCAACAGGCUUCAAUUUUGGUCCAGAUUUCGUGCGAAUCGUCGACUUUUUUUUUUUAAUUUACAAGAUGGCAAAGAAUAAAGGCAAAAAAGGCUCUGCGGGGGGUGUGAAUAGUCAUCUACGGGCACGGUUGAGCUAUCUACAUAAUGCGGCCAACUAUCUACAAUCUGCAACGAAAUCCAAGCAGUCAGAGCAAAGCGUCGACCAAAACACCAGCGAUGGGAACAACAACUCAGCACCAAAUGUGACGCGGACUGUACCCCAUAUCGUAAUGCCUAGAAUUUCUUCUGAAGAAACGCAAGAUACCGUGAAUCAAACAGCAACUUCAAAACAUUCACCACAUUUAUCCCGGGUAUUCAUUUCUCAGAUGCGUGGCGUAUCAUUGAAGUCACAACUCCGGCUGCCGAUAGAAGUGAAAAGAUCAUAUUGCAAACGCUGUGAUACGCUUCUUAUUCCCGAAGUCAGUUGCACCCAGGAAACAAGGAAUGCAAGCCGUGGCCGCAAGAAGCCAUGGGCAGAUGUACGGGUCGUUCGCUGCACAACCUGUGGGACAGAGAAACGCUUUCCUCAGACAGAAAAGCGUAGCAAAAGACUCCCCCAACGGCAGAAAGAAAAGCAACAAGAAGAACAGCGAACCGCAGAGACUUGAAUUCGUGCAUUGCCCAUCUCCGACAAACGUCAUGGAGUCUGACUGUUGCUUUUACCAGGGGCCAAAAGAGAGCCGGCUCGGCUGCAGUUGUAGCAAUUUCUGCUACCGCCACUUUUAAAACGACACUGUGUCUCGAUGUGGCCUCCCGGUUUUCCUUGAAGUGGCGGUGAGCCUGGGCGUC